GUGACGAGUCGACGAGCUGUAGUUACGCCCCCUUGGUCUUCGUCUCGACCAAUGCCGCCCCAAACUGAAAUGAAAACCAGAUCCAGAUUGAUUGGGGCGUCACAACAACCAACUCCACCUCCCAACAAUUGCGGAGGUAAUGGCAAAUAACAAUUCUCUCGGCGUCAGAAGCAAGCUAUCCGCUCCCGCAGCAUCUGUCAAAAUCAUUCCCGCAAACUCCCCCGUUUUGAAACCUGGUACAAAACAGCCCUCCAAGCUCUCACCUUACCAAUGUACGCUCUCGCUGCGGACGGUGAUUGGUACGACGACAUCCAAUCCAAAUGGCUUCUCCUGCCACGAGUCGAGCCGGACGUUUGCUCUCUGUGCCGGAUCGGCUGCUGUUCUAGCAGAGCUGGACGAGGACUUGAAUAUCUCCCAGCGAUUCUUCCGGGCUCGUCCUACAGCCACAGGGAUCAAUUCCACACCUUCCUACUACAACAAUACCUCCACACCGCCCACUACGCCCGACACACGCUCUAGAACUCUCCAAGCUGCUUUGAGACCGGCAGGGAAUGGCAUUCCAUCCGCAAGCUCCCCAAGCGAGUGGGGAGAAGCGGCCACUCCGCGCUCAUGGACCUCCCGAGAGAGGAUUAAAGCUGUCACAAGCGUAGCUUUGAGUCCAAACGGCAGAUUUCUAGCUGUAGGAGAGACCGGCUAUAACCCACGAGUCCUGAUUUUUUCAACAGCGAAUGAUUCCCCAUCUGAUAUUCCUUUGUCGAUUCUAGCGGAGCAUACGUUUGGUGUCCGGAGUCUUGCGUUCAGUCCAGAUUCACAAUACCUGGCUACACUGGGAGAUAUAAACGAUGGUUUUCUUUUUAUUUGGGCAAUCAACCUGAAAAGUGGCGCCGCUCGGCUUCAUUCUGCAAACAAAUGCACUUCAUUUAUUCGAGACAUGUGCUGGUUAGGCACUAACCUCAUUACGGUUGGUGUAAGACAUAUCAAGGUCUGGCGGUUAGGCGACGGAACGCCAAAUUCUCCAACAAGAUCAAAAGCUAAUUCCGAUCCUGCCAAUGCUUCUCCUGUUAAUCCUGGGCCUAUCGCUUUACCUGGAAGAAACUGCAUAUUAGGCUCCCUCAGGGACAGUAUUUUUACGUGCAUCUCAAAUAUAUCCGACACCGAAGCUAUCGUUUGUACGGAAUCUGGCGCCGUAUGUUUCCUAGACGACGUCGGGGGGCAACAGAAGCUGCAUCUCAUUAAGAACUUUGACGUUGCCAUCCUAUCUGCUGCCAUUGAUCAUGAGUCUGCAACGGUCUGGUUCGGCUGUCGCGACGGAACCUUUCAGCAAGCUUUGAUCGGAGAUUUGAGGCAUUCGGUUUCAACGGGUGUGGCUCUAAACACCGAGUGUCCACGGUCACCUAAGUCAAAGCACUUGUCAACUGUUGCUAUGGGAAUCGUUUCAAGUUACAUGGUCAUGGUGGAUUCCACCCAUGCCAUUCGCGUUUGCUCGUUGGUGUCACCAAGCCAAUGUCAGGAAGACACAACACAGGAAGUGGAUAUUCCUGCACACAAGGAUCCUGUCUUAGGCAUAAGCGCUGUAACUGCACCAGAUAUACAUUCUAGUUCCCAGUUUUUCACUUGGUCUUCCAAUGGAGCUGUUAAUUUCUGGGAUCUAGAAGGAAAGUGUCUCAGCACCCAAAGAGUGGAAAUAGAACAAGUUUUGGGUAGCAGUGAUGAACCGAAUGAGCUGAAAGUGUUACGAGCAAGUGAAGACAUGAAAAUAUUUGUCUCCGGAGACAAAUAUGGUGUGAUGAGGAGAAUUUCCCGUGAAUCUUGGGCCUGUGAGCAACAAGUCAGAGCGCAUGCUGGAGAAGUUACAGAUAUCGCAAUACAUUCAAGUUCGGGGUUAUUCUUAACUGCGACAUGUGGCCGAGACAGAAUGGUUCAGGUCUUCCAAAACGAUGGUGACUCCUUCAGCUUAAUCCAAACGAUGGAUGAGCAUGUGGCUGCUGUUAGCCGCCUAUUAUUUACAAACGACGGCGAAAAACUACUAUCUUGCUCUGCUGAUCGCACAGUCGUAAUACGAGAUCGUAUGUGUCGAGAGAUUGAUGGCACGAUAACCGUUGCUUUCUUCUUAUCUAAAGUUAUAACUUUGAAAGCCUCUCCAAUUUCGAUGACACUGCUGCCCGACGACUCGGAUACUCUUGUUGUAUCCACCAUAGACCGACAAAUUCAUAGAUACGAUAUUCCUUCAUCCCGUCAUCUUCACUCCUUUAAAUCCAAUGAUUCGGAGACAAGUGAUACGGUGGUGAUGAGCUCUCUUAUAGUUGGAUCUGAAAUCGCUGGCAUAAGUCCCAAAUUAAUCAUUGGUGUGUCAACAACGGAUAAGUCGGUACGAGUCUACGAUUUUGGCAAAGACGGGCUCUUAACACGGGAGUUUGGCCAUACGGAGGGUGUGAGUGAUGUGCUACUCAUCGAGACCAAUUGUGGAGGCAUACAGAAACGGACGCUGGUCAGCACUGGAUUGGAUGGUAUUAUCAUGAUUUGGGAUUUAGCUAUCCAGCAGCAACAGACACCUUUAUCAGAGAAUGCGCAGAUCCCGGCGCGAGCCGAAGAAGAAACUCCAAACAAGGAAUCAACGGCUGUCAAACCACCACUACGACGAAUUCUUUCACGAAGUGAGCUUGCAGUUUUCCAGAAAUUGGAUAGUCCUUCACCAAGCCCAACCCCAAUUCGGGAUCCCUCUCCGCCACCUUCUCGAAGAAAGACCUCUAGAUAUACCCUAUAUCAUUUCGCCAGAAACGGGACUUCGUCUUCUAGCCCCCAAACACCUCCAGUGUCUCUGUCGCGUCGAUCUCCAACGUUCUAUUUGGACGGUAAUGGUAGAAAUCGACGCGAUGGAUCCGUUUCACCUCCCAGCCCAAAGUCUGGCUCAUCCAGGACGUUGGGCACGAGAAGCAGCCACGCAAAACUUCGCAGGCCAUCCAUAGAUAUCCGGCGACCAAAAAGUAACGGGAACACGAGCGAAUUCGGCAGUUUGAACAUGUCAACUGAACAGGUUUGUCGGACUCUCCGAGCGUAUAGAAAGAAACUUCACGGAUCUACCGAUCACCUUCAUUCCGCUACCGAGCUUGAACGCGAACUAGAGCUUACUGUGCGAGCGUUGACUGAGCGAAAUAAGCGAAAUCAAACGAGUGAAGAUUCGACAGACUCCGACAAUAGCAAAUUAAUGCCUCCGUUACCUUCGAAACCGGUACGGCUUGCUCGUCGAGUUCCAUCGACGCCCAAUCUAGGGAGAUCAAGGAAAAGCGAUAAAAAUUCCAAACAGAUUCAUCGAACGAACUCCCUUGAUGCCGAUGGUGAGGGUUGACUCACCUAUGAUUAGCACUCUGACUAGGCUCAUUUUCCGUUGGUGCCUUCUCUCUUCUCUUUCUGACACUCAUCAUGCAUUCAUAUAUCAUCUUGUCGCCUGAUCUAUUGAUCUAGGUGGGAUCAACCGUGGUUUUUCUUGCAGAUAGACAUCGGCUGGAUGGAGUUACACCGAUAAUUAGAUGUUCUGUUUUUCGAGAUACCACUGAGUUUAUUCCCUACUCCGUACAUUUUACCAUUUCAUUGACACUUCUUCCAGCUAGUUUUCUUUGCAUUUCUGCAUCUUUUUUUGGGCAUCUUUGGCAAUGGUCCCUUAUGUCUACUUUGAUUCAUAAAUUCGCAACACCUCCAGCAUACCCUAUACCCGGAAUUAUCGCGAGCCGGAUGUAAUCCCCACUGGCUCUUCCAAGAUUAAUGUUUAUUCUUCAUUUCCUAUUUCUUUCUCGUUCAACAAUAUUACUUUUGUGAGAAUUGGCUCAUAUAUCCCUUCUUUGGGCCGUCUCUUUUCCCCUUCUGACGAAUUCGCUUGAUAUCAUACUUCAUUUUCCCCCCGGAAACCAUGGUAACCC